CCAAAGUUGGCCACUUAAACUCCUCUCAGGCUGCAAACAGGAGCUGUAAUCAAAACUAGCAGAACCUCUCACUAAUAUUUACUCACAGUUGAUUCAGAGCACAUUUCAUGCUUUACUCUGCUCUUUUGUUUUUUGGUGUCCACUGAAAGAAUCUGACUUUUUUUCUUCCUUUUUGGCAUUGUGCACUGCAGUGUAUGCGUGUUUGGAUUUCUUUUGAAAAUUUUGGGACUUGUUACAGUUUCCACGCCGCAAAAAACAACACUGGAGCUUUUUGUGUGAUUGAUUGAUUGAUUCAUAAUUAUAAGUAAGAGUUUAAAUUGUGUGGGAGUAGCUGGAAUGGCUACUUUACCAGGAACAGUUCCUCGAAUGAUGCGGCCAGCACCAGGCCAGAACUACCCACGAACCGGAUUCCCAUUAGAAGUCUCAACACCUCUGGGUCAAGGUCGAGUCAAUCAACUCGGUGGAGUUUUCAUCAACGGAAGGCCUCUGCCUAAUCAUAUUCGACACAAAAUAGUGGAAAUGGCCCAUCACGGUAUCCGACCCUGUGUGAUCUCCAGACAGCUGCGGGUCUCACACGGCUGCGUGUCCAAAAUCCUCUGCAGGUACCAGGAGACCGGGUCUAUCCGCCCGGGUGCUAUUGGUGGAAGCAAACCAAGGCAAGUUGCAACACCCGACGUUGAAAAGAGAAUUGAGGAAUACAAACGUGAGAAUCCAGGGAUGUUCAGCUGGGAAAUCCGGGAUAAGUUGCUGAAGGACGGAGUGUGUGACAGAGGCACGGUUCCUUCAGGUGAGGCCUCUUCCGUUAGCUCCAUUAGUCGGGUUUUGAGAGCUCGCUUUGGCAAGAAAGAUGACGAUGACGAGUGUGAUAAAAAAGAUGAAGACGGAGAAAAGAAAACCAAGCACAGCAUUGACGGGAUUCUCGGGGAUAAAGGUAAUCGCACGGACGAAGGUUCAGACGUGGAGUCAGAGCCAGACCUUCCUCUGAAGAGGAAACAGAGACGCAGUCGUACCACAUUCACAGCGGAGCAGUUGGAGGAGCUGGAGAAGGCCUUCGAGAGGACACACUACCCUGACAUCUACACCAGAGAGGAGCUCGCACAGAGAACCAAACUGACUGAGGCUCGUGUACAGGUCUGGUUUAGCAACAGAAGAGCAAGGUGGCGCAAACAAGCCGGAGCGAAUCAGCUGGCAGCUUUCAACCACUUGUUGCCUGGAGGGUUUCCACCCACCGGAAUGCCAACUUUACCCACCUAUCAGCUUCCAGAGUCAACGUAUCCCAGCACCACUCUCUCACAAGACGGCAGCAGUACGUUGCACCGGCCGCAGCCUCUUCCUCCCUCCUCCAUGCAUCAGGGCGGGCUCUCGGCUGACAGCGGCUCCGCCUACGGCCUCUCCUCCAACCGCCACACCUUCUCCAGCUAUUCAGAAACCUUCAUGAGCCCGACCGCUUCCAGCAACCACAUGAAUCCCGUGAGCAACGGCCUCUCGCCACAGGUGAUGAGUAUUUUGAGUAACCCCAGUGCUGUCCCGUCUCAGCCGCAGCAUGAUUUCUCCAUCUCUCCUCUGCACGGCGGUCUGGAGGCGUCCAACCCCAUCUCCGCCAGCUGCAGCCAGCGCUCAGACCCCAUCAAGAGUGUGGACAGUCUGGCCUCGACUCAGUCCUACUGUCCCCCGACAUACAGCGCCACCAGCUACAGCGUCGACCCCGUCACUGCCGGAUACCAGUACAGCCAGUAUGGCCAAACCGCUGUGGACUAUCUGGCCAAGAAUGUGAGUCUGUCCACUCAGAGACGGAUGAAGCUGGGCGAUCAUUCAGCUGUGCUGGGACUCCUGCAGGUGGAGACAGGACAGGCCUACUGAAUCUGACCAUACAAACACACACACAAGCAGCUCCUCCAGUGUGUGUGUCAGGAUCUUCCUCUGAUUUACAAUCUGUCAUGCUCAAUCUGCCACGAUUCUGGUCUCUUAAACAAGACAAGAGGACCAACAGCAGACGCGCAGACGGACGCCAAGAACACACACAUGAGCCAUUUCCAAAACUAACUGUGUGCAUAGUCGUGUGUGAAUCUCAGUGUCAUUACAGCGCUUGUUUUCUAUCGAUAUUGUUAUUACGAUUGCCCUUACAGUUGUUGUAAUUAUGAUUAUGCUAACUAUUGUUUCGUUUCGUUGUUUCCAGAUCCACACGUAGCAUUUUUUUUUUACUCAUUUGAACCCGAGGUUUGUAC